AUGUCGACCGGGAAGCAGACUAUAGCGGAGGGGCAACUGCCUCCACUGGAGGAUGGGCCAGCAGUGGUGACAGUGGAUGAGGAGGAGGACGAGGAGGAAAGGCCAGAAUGGCUCAAUGUGCUACUGAGUACCAACUUUUGGGAGCCAUGCAUGGAGCAUGCAGCUGAGAACCGUGCGGAGAAGUGCAUGUUCUGCCUCCAUUGCUACAAUGUGUUCUGCCCACAUUGCACCCACGACAUGCCCGGGCAUCGCCUCCUCAAGAUCCGGCGCUACGUCUACCGCUCCGUCGUCCUUGCCAAGGAUAUGCUGGACCUCAAGAUUGAUGUGUCAAGGAUACAGACGUACAUUAUCAAUGGACAAAAGGUGGUGCAUUUGAGGCCCAUGAAUAGAUCCAAGUUGUUCAGGCCUCAACCAGGGACGCCUCGCUGCUUGACCUGUGAUUGUUGGCUUCGCACUUGGCCCAACCUAUUCUGCUCACUUACCUGCGAGGGCGAAUUGGAUGUGUCGCAAGAUGACUUCUCCGGGCCUGAAGCCGAGCGUCGCUACAGGAGCCUUCAAACAAAUAUGCUGGGCGAAAACCCAUACGAGGAGCCACCCUCUGAGGAACCUGCACCUGAGCCUGAGGCUCAGGAGGAGCACCCUGCACCUGAAGUAGCUGAGCAAGGGGAUGAGCCACCGGCGGCAGCUCAGGACCACUCAUUCCGCAGGCGGGGGCGCAAGCAGGUAGAGCCGACGAGGGCGCCAUUCUUCUGA